GAGCAGAUUUUAGCUAACGAGGAAGGGAAAAAAAGAAAAAAGACAUCCAAAAGAAAACACAAGCGGAAAAAAAAAACCCUCCCGUAAUUCAAGUCACAAGUUGUCAUGCAUACUUCGUGUCACACAUUGACAGGAACCCCACAAUGCUGCCGCUAUCGCCGCCUACUACAUUCGCGUUUCAGUAACUUAAGCUGACAUUUGGGCGCUUUUCAAAAGUUUGUUCUGCGAGGUGAAGUCCGUGAAAUGUAGCAGCAGGAAGGAAGGAAGAAAGGGAAAGAAGAACAAGCACCAUGGCUGACUGGAGGACUUUUAACGUCGUUGUUUUGGGCGUAGGAUUCUUGUUUAUCUUCACCGCCUUCACCACCUGUGGGAACGUAGAACAAACGGUGGUGAAAAGUCUGAAGAAUGACACCUUCACAGGAAGCGGAUACCACAGUCUGGGAAUCAUCUAUGGAGUCUUCUCAUUUUCCAAUUUGGUGGCGCCCGCCGCGGUGUCAGUGCUGGGGCCGAAGGUGACCAUGUUUGUGAGCGGGCUACUUUACAGCGGCUACGUUGCCGUCUUCAUUGAGCCAUCCACGUGGUCGUUCUACUUGACGUCUGUGCUGAUCGGUGUUGGUGCCGCCAUGCUGUGGACGGCUCAAGGCCAAUUUCUGGUGGAGAACUCGGAAGCUUCCACCAUCAACAGGAACACGGGCAUGUUCUGGGCACUGCUGCAGUGCAGCAUGUUAUUUGGCAACCUGUACAUUUACCUGGACUGGAAUGGAAGAACCGAAAUACCAGACAGCAGCAGGAAGAACAUCUUCCUCUCCCUGCUGGUGGCCUCCAUCGUGGGGACGCUGAGCUUCCUGGUGCUGCGGAGGACUCACCAGCCCGAGGAGGAGAUGCUCUCCGAGGAGGAAGGACAGUCGCUGCUCGCUACCCGUGCGGUGUACAAGCACAGAGCCAACACGGCCCUGCAGGAGGUCAAGGAUGACUUCAAGACCAUGCUGGAACUCCUAAAGACCAGAAACAUCCUCCUCCUGAGUCCCUGCAUGGCAUACAGCGGCCUUGAGCUGUCCUUCUACAGCGGCGUCUACGGGACGUGCCUGGGAGCCACGGCGCAGUUUGGCCAAGCGGCCAAAGGCCUCAUCGGCAUCUCGGGCAUGGUGCUGGGCGUGGGUGAAAUCAUAGGCGGAGGCUUGUUCGGCUUGGUGUGCAAGAACAAUCGCUUCAGACGCACCUCGGUGGUCUUCCUGGGCAUGGUGGUGCACUUCGUGGCCUUCUAUCUCAUCUUCCUCAACAUUCCCGAGGACGCCCCCUUGGUCUUCAGCACCGCCACCACCAAGAGCCCCUUUCUCACUCCAAGCGUGUCCGUCGCCCUGCUGUGCAGCUUCCUGCUGGGCCUGGGAGACAGCUGCUUCAACACGCAGCUCUACAGCAUCCUGGGCUCCGUCUACGCCGAGCAAAGCACGCCCGCCUUCGCCAUCUUCAAAUUCAUACAGUCGAUUUUUGCAGCCGUGGCGUUUUUCUACAGCGGCGACACGCUGCUAACGUGGCAGCUCCUUCUCAUGGUGGUGCUGGGCUUCAGCGGCACGCUCUGUUUCUUCGUGGCCGAGCGCAUGCACGACGUGGACGUCGCCUCCACGGGGGCGCUGGAAUAGCUGGAGAAAAAAAAAAAGAUACUGUGAAGAGCAAGCAGCUUUAAGGCCACUGAUGGUCCUCUUGGUUUUUAAAUGAUACUUUUUAUCAUCAUAAUCAUCAUCAUCAUCAUCGUCGUCGCAGCGAAGCCCCAAGGGUCAUUUGCAUAUUAUGCUAAUGGACUGACACUCAUUAAUACAACAUUCUUAACACACGUAAUAACUUACAAACACUUUGUGUGCUGCAAGGCCUCCAGCUCAGGUUGAACACUUUAGAAAACUGCCAUUGUAAAGCUUUUCUUUCUUUUUUUUGAGUUUUAGCGCUCGACAAUCUCUGUUCUUUGGUUGAAAUACAUUUUUAACGUUGUGGUAUCUUCACUUUUCAAAACAGACAUUCUGGAUUGCGUUUGUGUGUGUUCACUGCUAACAAACCAACAUUUGAAAAUAAAGCUGUGUUUCUUA